UAUUUAGAAACGCUUCUUCGGAGAAGUACUUUUCUUCACGCGCAUUGGCUCAAGCUUUCUCUCGGUUUCUCUUGUGCGACACUCUCUCAAACUCAUGCUCUCUCCCUCUCAAUUCUUACACAACAACAACAAUUACGACACAGAUUCUCUUGGUCUCGAAUUGGUGGGAUUUGGAUUUCAAAACUGAUUCGAAUUGUUAUGGAAUCAGGAUUCGAUUCGCGUUGGUGUUCUGAAAAUGCAGCUUUCGAUCUUGCUCACAAGGUAUUCGAUAAAAUGCCUCACCGAAAUUUUUUCCUCUUUUUGCUUUUAUUUUACUUUUGAUUUGUUGCUGUUGUGUUUCUUAGUCGCUAUUGAUGAUUGUGCUCAGGUUGAUUUGCAUAUUAGCAUAGAAUUAUCGUCGUUAUUACCGUUUCGUGCUAUUGCCAAUGAGAAGUAAUUAGUGUUCAUUAUGCGUGACAAAUAUAGUGUUUCUUUCCAGUUCUAUUUAAGACUUGCAUGUUGUCUAUACAUGUGGUAUUUGUGUUAGAAGUUAGAACAGGGUAAUUGUAAAAGAAAAUCUAAAGCAAUGGGCCAAUUCUUCCUUUUUAAGUAUACGCAUAACCUUGGAUACAAAAAUGAAAAUUGGAAUAUAUUAAACAUAAGCAUGUUAUUUUGGGACUUCUGAAACAUUUGAAGAUGCGUUCAUUGAGAAGGCUUCUGAAAGAUAAUGGCGAAGCUGAUACUGACGUGAUUAGAAAGUUAUUUGCAACAAUUGAUGAAAAUAAAGAUGGACAUCUUACUCAUGGUGAAAUGACAGCACUGGUUGUUGGAAUUCAGUUCGAGGAAAUUGACCUGGACCAUGACGACGCUGUGACAAGAAUAAUGGCAGAUUUUGAUACUUCUCAUAAUCAACUUAUUGACGAAGCAGAGUUUGUUAACGGAGUCUCCAGAUGGCUCCAAGGAGCCAGGCGUUCUAAAGUUCAAGGCGGUGAUGCUGGUGCCCACACUGUGAAGUUUUUAAGUGAUUUUCACUUCGAAACAAAGAGGGAACAUGAUCUUCUGGAUGUGGGUCAGGGUGAAGAAGCCACUGAAGAAGUUAAGAAUGCUAGAUGGGUUUCCAUCAAAGCAGGCCUGCUGCUGCUACUCGAUGCCCUUAUCGCUGCUGCAUUUGCCGAUCCUCUGGUUGGAGCCAGCUGGCACCAUCAUGCAUGGAGGAGAUUGUUUCAACAGGACCUGGCAUUCGUUUCCUCCAACUCUAUGUGUCUUGCUGCAUUUACUUCUGAAUUCUGAUAUAAUAUUUCUUCAAGUAAGUAUGAAUCCCCAUCAUCGAAGGGGUUUAAAGAUGAGUACCUUGAGUUUGGACCACUCUAUGUGGUUUCACAGACCUUUUAGAGCUGAUGACUGGGUGCUAUAUGUGGCGAGUGUCUUCAUUAUUUUGGGAAAGUAAACCUGCAACAACAAAAUUGUGUGUGGAGUGUUGUAAAGUUGUUAAUACCAUGAACCAAAUUUGUUCUACAGAUCUUUAGUCCUACUGCCUAUAAUGCGCGCAUCUUUGUUACAGGCCAUAUGUUCAAUCAGAAAGGAGAGCUUCUCGUUUCAUUGGUUCAAGAAGGCCUGACGUGGAAGCAAAUUCACAAAUGAAGAUGGCGUCGAUGAAUUAGAUGAACAAGACCUUAGUAAUAAAUUCUGAUUUGUACUUGGUGUAUCUUUUUAAUUUCGGUGGACAAAUGAAUAUUAGUAGCUUGGUUGUUUGAGUCAUUUGUAGUAAUGUGACUAUCUAAGUACUUGUUACUAACUU